AUGGACUGUCCCCGCGAGCCUGCCGCACUCCCCGCCGCAGAACCAUGCCCGUCCGACCUUCUUCCCCUGCUCACCUCGCCCCACCUCGCCUCCUCGCUGCUACUCCUCGCCACGCACGCCCCUCCGAGCAUCCCUGCCCUGCCGCCCAACGCACUCGGACCCGCCGUCCGUGUCCUCCGUCUCCCCGCCCCGCUCGCCGUGCACGACUCGGGGGCCCUGCGCCUCGUCAGCCUCUUUGAGCGUGCGGCCCGCGUCGCCCGUCUGUGGCGGUACUCCUCUCAGUCGACGUCGACAGCACACUACCCCCGUAUCAUCCAGCUCGCCGAGGAGGUCCCGGGUGGCCAGUUCACGCUCGUCGAGCCGUUCGUGUACGCUUCACCCGCGCCGCAGAACGACAUGCACGUCCCACCAACAACCACUCAGGCCUCAGCACAAGCCCCGCCGCAUCCUACCCCUACCCCUCAUACAUCUAAUCAGCACACGCACAAUCUAAAUUUAACCGCCAACCCCAAGUACCCCUCACCCGCCCCGUCCAUCGUGUCCUACGCCUCCUACGCAUCUACCUCCACAUCCCCCUCCACAUCCCGCCCACCUUCCUUAUCCACCUAUGCUCCCUCAUCCACGUCAACCACCUCCCUCCCCUCCGCCACCCAGCGAAAAAGGCAACACCGCACCCAGUCCGCACUACGCAAGCUCAUGAACGUCGACUCCUCUCCCAAUUCCCAUGCGGUCAACAACAACAACAUGCGAACGUUCGACGCCCUCAUCAACUUCCUCCCCGCCAACCUCCCCGACAAAGCGCUGCUGAAGCAUGCCGUGCUAGUGUCCACGCUCAGCUCGCAAUACCUCGCCGUUCCUCCUUCUACUCCCAGUGCCCUCCACGCGUCUUCUUAUACCACCCACUCGGGCGCGGGCGAGUCCAUACCGCGCCCCCUGUCGAAAAGGUUCUCCGCAUUCUCGUUCGCUUCGUUCACUAUCUCUCCCUCCUCUACGCCUUCUUCCUCGCUCUCCUCGACGCCGCUUGGAUCGACACCGGAGACUUCGCCUUGCCCGUCGCCCCCUCCGCCACUGGCGCCUGCACACCCGUUUCCCCAUGAGAAGUUGACUGACCGGUUUACGUCCAGCGGAAGUGGGGUGCAUAAAGUCAAAUCGAAGCGCAGCAGCAGCAGGAUGUCGGUCCUCAGCUUGAGCGGGAUUCUACGCGUCUCAACGCCUGUUUCUGCUGUUCCUGCCGUUCCUCCGUCCGCGUCCGCGUCUUCUUCGUCGCCCUCGCUCUCAUCGGACUCUCCUAGUCGACGCCCCAGCACGAUCCACUCCAACUCCAGUGCUUGCACUACCGGUGGACGUGGUGCCGGUGCCGGUACCAACACCAACACCCACCCACUCGCCUACCCACACGGCGACAAACCGAAGAACGCACACCUCGUCCACGUCCUGCCCGUGGGGUGGGUGGCUGAGGAGGUGCGCGCCGAGGCGGAGGCGCUAAGACUACAAGAGAGGGAGAGGAGGAGGAGGCAGAUGCACGCGUACGCGCCGGUGCUGUCGAGUGGGCUGCGGCCUCUGCCUGUUGAGGAGCCUGUGGGGGAUGAGGAUGGGCCUGUGGAGGAUGAGGAUGAGGAUGGGCGGCGUGCAUCCACCCGACCGACUUUGGCGACACGUCAGCUUCAAGGGCAUUCGAGCUCGUAUGAACAUGUGGGUGGUGUGGGAGGAGGGAUGAGCGGCAAGCGGUCGUCCUCCGUACCCCUCCUCAGCAACGCCGGGGUACAGGUACAGGUACAAGGACAACAACGGAGGAGGGGGGAGAAACCGAAAUUGGUACAGAGCGUCGAGCAGUUCUUGCUCGCGUUUGCGUACCCGCUUGGGAGUGUCGCUGCGCCGUCGCCUGUUCAUUGCCUUCGUAGACCUCCCUCCUCUUCUCAGCACCCGUCUUCCCAUUUGGAGUUGAGGGGGCAGGGCAAGGAGCGAGCGCGCCCGACGUCUGCGUACCUUGCGAGUGGGAGUGGGAGUGGGAGUGAGGAGGCGGCCGAGGGGGGUGCGGGCAGGCGUGCUUCGUACCUCGGCUCGAGUGGAAGUACGACGAGUAUGGGCGCGUUGGCGGACGUACAGGCCGACGCGAGUGCGAGUGCGCAGAGCAAACCCAUACCGUACCUCGUCGCGCCGGGGGUGUGGGGUGCGGAGGUGCGGGGGACGCGCCGCAGUCGCAAUCCACACCAUCUGUCCGACGAAAGCACAGAGCGAGAGAUGACGAUCGGAGAAAUCGUCCUCCUAGGCGCGUUGGACUCUGACCAUGAGUUGGCGGGUGGACUCGGAGGAGGGGUAGGGAGGACAGGUGGUGGGAUGGGAGGUGGGAUAGGGAAUGGGGGCAAUGGAGGUGGAAGGGCGUGGGUUGGGUGUGUGGAGGACGUCCAGGUUGUGGUUCUUGAGGAUUCUCGGGAUCAUGAGGAGGCGCCCGAAAGGGAGGAGCGAAGGGCGAAUUGGAAGAAUGGGUUGGAGACCGGAGCGGGCUUGACAGCCAAAGAGGGAAAGGAGGAAGGAAAGGAGGAGGAAGAGGAUCAGAGAAGGAAGGACAGCGAGAGGAAGAGACGCACAAGCCACCACCACCAACACCACCACCACCACUAUGGGCACGGCCUGCCGACGCCGCCUGAGACGUCGAGUAGCGAGGAGGGCGACGAAGUUGACGACGGGGAAUGUGAAGAGGAGUUUCAUACGCCUGUGCAGUCGCCUGCCAGCAUACGGUCGCCUGUCCGAGAGCGAUUGGAGUCGCAGGUGCAGGCGCGUCCUGCUCCUCGCCUACAAACCAACGGCUCAACGCAAAUUCAAGGUCAAGGUCAAGGUCAAGUAUCGGCACAAGCGUCGCCGACUCGCAGCCCCACGAAAUCGCACACAGCCGUAGCACACCCCAUCCCCCGCCCGCCCCCGCUUGUCGCCGGCUCUGCCUCCUCCCGCACGGGAAGAAGGGUGUCUGGGUCUGUUGAUGGGUAUGAGGGCGAGUUGGAAGAGUAUGCGGGACCGGGGUCGGCGAGGAGCCAGCGGAGUACGUCGUUGUCGUCUGCUGGGAGCACGGUGCAAAGGCAGGGGCAGGAGGGACAAGGGAAGCACGAGACGCCGACGCCGACGAUUAUGCUGAGCGCGCCGUCGCCUGCGCUCUCUGGGUCGUUCGCUCGCUCGCAGGGGCGCGGACACGGUCAUGUGCAUGUGCAAGGCCAGAGGCCGAAUGGGAGUGGGAGUGGGAGUUUGCCGUCGGCCGCAAGGUCCGCUGUCGAGGUCCGCUUGGGCUCGAGGCACUAUGACACCGAUCAUGAGAAGGCUAGGAAAGAGGCAAAGAGACGCUCGGUCGUUUCUUUGGUUAUACCUGGAACGAGAAGUGCACGGGAGAGUGGGAGGGGGAGGAAGAGGGGAGAUGGGCACGGAGGAAGUGGGCAUGGGCAGGUAGGAGGCAGUGGGUUCGGAGCGGUGUUGAGGAGGUUGGGGAUACGCUGGGGGUGA